AUGGGGUUCUUUAUUCCUCAGAGUAGUUUGGGAAACUUAAAGCUUUACAAGUACCAAAGUGAUGACCGCUCUUUCCUUUCGAAUCAUGUUUUCAGGCCCUUUUGGAGGAAGUUUGCAACUAUUUUUCCACUAUGGAUGGCACCCAAUUUGGUAACAUUAUUAGGGUUCUGCUUUAUUAUAUUCAAUGUAUUAACAACACUUUAUUACGAUCCGUAUUUUGACCAGGAAUCUCCCCGUUGGACUUAUUUCUCCUAUGCUAUAGGUUUGUUCUUAUACCAGACCUUUGAUGCUUGUGAUGGUAUGCAUGCACGUCGUACAGGCCAGCAGGGCCCUCUAGGGGAAUUGUUUGACCAUUGUAUUGAUUCAAUCAACACAACUUUGUCAAUGAUCCCUGUCUGUUCGAUGACUGGUAUGGGUUACACAUAUAUGACUAUUUUUUCACAAUUUGCGAUAUUGUGCAGCUUUUACUUGAGCACAUGGGAAGAGUAUCAUACCCAUAAACUGUAUCUGGCUGAAUUUUGCGGUCCUGUUGAAGGUAUUAUCGUUUUGUGUAUUUCUUUCAUUGCAGUUGGUAUUUACGGACCUCAGGUCAUCUGGCACACUAAAGUUGCGCAAUUUUCCUGGCAAGAUUUUGUGUUUGAAAUUGAAACUGUCCAUCUGAUGUAUGCAUUUUGCACAGGCGCUUUAAUAUUUAAUAUUAUCACAGCUCAUGCAAACGUGGUAAAGUAUUACGAAUCUCAACCGGACAAAUCUACAACUCCGGGCAAAACAGCAGAAAAUAUUAGUAAAGCUGUGAAUGGUCUUAUUCCAUUCAUGGCGUACUUUUCUUCAAUUUUCACCUUGGUUCUAAUUCAACCGUCUUUUAUUUCUUUGGCUUUGAUUUUAUCGAUCGGUUUUUCGGUCGCCUUCGUAGUUGGUCGCAUGAUCAUUGCUCAUUUAACUAUGCAACCGUUCCCAAUGGUCAAUUUUCCAUUUUUAAUCCCAACUAUUCAAUUGUUUUUGUACGCAUUUAUGGUUUAUGUUUUAGAUUACCAAAAAGAAAGCAUUGUUUCUGCUUUGGUUUGGAUGGGACUCGGUUUAACACUUGCUAUUCAUGGGAUGUUCAUCAAUGAUAUUAUUCAUGACAUCACCACCUUUCUGGAUAUUUACGCUUUGUCAAUCAAACAUCCAAAGGAAAUUUAA